UCUUCUCUCUUUUCUCUCUUUGUAUAUCAUCUCAGCAACUUUGUAUAAUAACAAUAAUAAAACAAUAACAUGGGAGGUCUCGAAGAUAUCAAGAAGGAGGCUGUUGACCUCGAGAGGAUACCCGUUGAUGAAGUGUUCCGAGAGUUGAAUUGUUCCAAGGAAGGCCUCACAAAUGAUGAAGGCACCAAAAGGUUACAAGUUUUUGGACCCAACAAGUUGGAAGAAAAAAAGGAAAGCAAGCUUCUCAAAUUCUUGGGUUUUAUGUGGACCCCCCUCUCAUGGGUCAUGGAAGCCGCUGCUAUCAUGGCCAUUGCAUUGGCAAACGGAGGGGGUGAGCCCCCGGAUUGGCAAGACUUUGUGGGAAUCACAGUCUUGUUAAUUAUCAACUCAACAAUUAGUUUUAUUGAAGAAAAUAAUGCAGGCAACGCUGCUGCAGCCCUUAUGGCAGGCCUUGCUCCCAAAACAAAGGUUCUGAGAGAUGGAAGGUGGGCAGAGCAGGAUGCUGCUAUACUGGUGCCAGGAGAUAUAAUCAGUGUGAAAUUGGGAGAUAUCAUCCCAGCUGAUGCUCGUCUUUUGGAUGGAGAUGCCCUCAAAAUUGAUCAGUCUGCACUCACUGGUGAGUCCUUGCCUGUUACCAGAAACCCUGGUGAUGAAGUCUUCUCUGGCUCCACUGUCAAGCAAGGAGAGAUUGAGGCUGUUGUGAUCGCUACUGGGGUCCACACCUUCUUCGGUAAGGCUGCUCAUUUAGUGGACAGCACUAACCAAGUUGGCCAUUUCCAAAAGGUGUUGACAGCCAUUGGUAACUUCUGUAUUUGCUCAAUAGCUGUGGGAAUGAUCAUAGAGAUUGUGGUCAUGUAUCCAAUUCAGCGCCGCAAGUACAGGAGUGGAAUUGACAAUCUCUUGGUGCUACUCAUUGGAGGGAUUCCCAUUGCCAUGCCUACUGUCUUGUCAGUAACAAUGGCUAUUGGUUCCCAUAGGCUCUCUGAGCAAGGUGCUAUCACAAAGAGGAUGACAGCCAUUGAGGAAAUGGCUGGCAUGGAUGUUUUGUGUAGUGACAAGACUGGCACACUAACAUUGAACAAGCUAACAGUGGACAAGAGUUUGGUUGAGGUUUUCGCAAGGGAUUGUGACAAGGAUUCAGUAAUUUUGCUUGGAGCUAGGGCCUCCAGGGUGGAAAACCAAGAUGCUAUUGAUGCUUGCAUUGUUGGAAUGUUGGGUGAUCCAAAAGAGGCAAGAGAUGGCAUUACAGAGGUGCAUUUCCUGCCCUUUAAUCCAGUGGACAAGCGCACAGCCAUAACAUAUGUUGAUGCUGAGGGUAACUGGCAUCGAGUAAGCAAAGGAGCACCAGAGCAGAUUAUUGAGCUUUGCAACCUUCGGGCAGAUGUGAAGAAGAAGGCUCUUUCCAUCAUUGACAAAUUCGCUGAUCGCGGCCUUCGUUCCCUUGCUGUUUGCAAACAAGAAGUGCCAGAAAGGAGCAAGGAGAGUGCAGGAGGACCAUGGCAGUUUGUGGGGUUGUUGCCACUUUUUGACCCACCAAGGCAUGACAGUGCUGAGACCAUAAGGCGUGCUCUCAAUCUUGGAGUUAACGUGAAGAUGAUCACUGGUGAUCAGCUAGCUAUUGGGAAGGAAACUGGUCGCAGGCUUGGCAUGGGAAGCAACAUGUACCCUUCAUCCUCUCUCCUUGGUGAGCACAAGGAUGAGUCCAUUGCUGGCCUUCCAGUUGAUGAGCUUAUUGAGAAGGCUGAUGGCUUUGCUGGGGUCUUCCCUGAGCACAAAUAUGAGAUUGUGAAGAGACUUCAGGAAAGGAACCACAUAUGUGGCAUGACAGGAGAUGGUGUAAACGAUGCUCCUGCCCUCAAAAGAGCAGAUAUUGGAAUUGCUGUGGAUGAUGCGACCGAUGCAGCUCGAGGUGCAUCUGACAUAGUCCUCACCGAGCCUGGCUUGAGUGUGAUCGUGAGUGCUGUGUUGACAAGUAGAGCCAUCUUCCAGAGAAUGAAGAACUACACCAUAUAUGCUGUUUCCAUCACAAUCCGAAUUGUGUUGGGCUUCAUGCUCAUUGCCCUCAUCUGGAAGUAUGACUUCUCACCAUUCAUGGUCUUGAUCAUUGCCGUACUCAAUGAUGGCACCAUCAUGACUAUUUCCAAGGAUAGGGUGAAGCCAUCUCCUGUGCCAGAUUCCUGGAAGCUAAGAGAGAUUUUCGCCACUGGCGUUGUGCUUGGUGCCUACCUAGCUAUUAUGACUGUUGUCUUCUUCUGGGCUGCUCAUGCAUCUAACUUCUUCUCGGACAAAUUUGGCGUAAGAUCUAUCAGGAACAGCCACAAUGAGCUCACAGCAGCUGUUUACCUUCAAGUGAGUAUUGUGAGUCAGGCUCUCAUCUUUGUCACACGGUCAAGGAGCUGGUCUUUCAUUGAACGUCCUGGCCUCUUCCUUCUUGUUGCCUUCUUCAUUGCACAGCUGAUUGCCACACUCAUAGCUGUAUAUGCAAACUGGGGCUUUGCAAAAAUUAAAGGAAUUGGAUGGGGCUGGGCUGGUGUCAUCUGGCUCUACAGCAUUGUUUUCUACAUUCCGUUGGAUAUACUCAAGUUCAUCAUCCGAUAUGCAUUGACUGGCAAGGCAUGGAACAAUAUAACUGAGAACAGGGUUGCUUUCACCACAAAGACAGACUAUGGAAAGGGAGAGAGAGAAGCACAAUGGGCUGCAGCUCAACGCACAUUGCAUGGCUUGAAUCCUCCUGAAACUGAGCAAAUAUUGAAUGAAAAGAACAACUAUAGGGAACUUUCUGAACUUGCAGAACAAGCCAGGAAGCGUGCUGAAGUUGCAAGACUAAGGGAGCUUCACACAUUGAAGGGACAUGUUGAGUCUGUGGUGAAACUAAAGGGACUUGAUAUUGAGACUAUUCAGCAGCACUACACCGUGUGA